AUGGCUCUGGGCCCCGAGCCAGUGAGCAGGUUCCCCGAGCUGGCUGCGACGGGCAGCCCUGUGCCCGAACCGUCUGGUGCCCCCAAUGCAUCCGUCAAUGGCUCCUGGGCCGGUGCAGCGGAGCCCAGCUCCCUGGAGGACCUGGUGGCCACUAGUGCCAUUGGGGCAGCACUCUCGGCCAUGGGCGUGGUGGGUGUGGCAGGCAACGUGUACACGCUGGUGGUCAUGGGCCGCUUCCUGCACGCCUCGGCCUCCAUGUCCGUCUACGUCAUCAGCCUGGCGCUGGCUGACCUGCUCUACCUGCUCAGCAUCCCCUUCAUCGUGGCCACCUAUGUCACCAAGCAGUGGCACUUUGGCGAAGUGGGCUGCCGGGUCCUCUUCAGCCUGGACUUCCUGACCAUGCACGCCAGCAUCUUCACCCUGACCGUCAUGAGCAGCGAGCGCUAUGCUGCCGUGCUGAGGCCCCUGGACACAGUGCGACGCUCCAAGGGCUACCGCAAGAUCCUAGCUCUGGGCACGUGGCUGCUGGCCCUGCUGCUGGCCCUGCCCAUGAUGCUGGCCAUCCGGCUGGUCCGCAGGGGCCGCAAGAGCCUCUGCCUGCCAGUCUGGGGCCAGCGUGCCCACCGCACCUACCUGACGCUGCUCUUCGGGACCAGCAUCGUGGGGCCCGGCGUGGUCAUCGGGCUGCUGUAUGUGCGCCUGGCCCGGGCCUACUGGCUGUCCCAGCGGGCCUCCUUCCUACAGACACGGCGGCUGCCCAACCCCAGGGUGCUCUACCUCAUCCUGGGCAUCGUGCUGCUCUUCUGGGCCUGUUUCCUGCCCUUCUGGCUGUGGCAGCUGCUCACCCAGUACCGUGGGGCCCAGCCGCUCACGCCCCGCGCCACGCGCAUCGUCAACUACCUGACCACCUGCCUCACCUACAGCAACAGCUGCGUCAACCCCUUCCUCUACACGCUGCUCACCAGGAACUACCGCGAGCACCGGCGGCGGCCGCCCCGCCCCCGGGGAGCCAGCCGGCCGGUGCGAGCCGGCCCCUUCCUGCCACGCCGGGUCCGCUUCCAGCGCCGCUCCGGCCGCUCGCUGUCCUCCAGCGGCCCGCAGGCCACCGAGACCGCCACAGCGUCCCAGGCGGCCGCGAGAGUGGUCUGCUCCUGA